AUGGCGACGGUGAUACAGAGGAAAGAUACAGAACGGAUCAAAGGUCCAUGGAGCCUAGAAGAAGAUGAACUGUUGCAGGGGGUGGUACAUACGCAUGGCCCGAGAAAUUGGUCUCUGAUCAGUAAAUCGAUUCCAGGAAGAUCCGGGAAGUCUUGCAGGCUCAGAUGGUGCAACCAGCUCUCGCCACAGGUGGAGCACCGAUCAUUCACACCGGCAGAAGACGAAGCGAUCAUCCGGGCCCACGAAAAGUUCGGCAACAAAUGGGCCACCAUAGCCCGACUGCUCCCUGGUCGGACUGAUAACGCCAUCAAGAACCACUGGAAUUCUACCCUUAAGCGAAAGUGCUCUUCCAUGUCCGAAGAUUUUUCUUUGAUCGACGGUCAAACUCUUCAUCAGCCUUUGAAGAGAUCGGCUAGCAUUGGGUCUGGUUCGCAUCUGAACCCAAGUAGCCCGUCAGGAUCCGACUUGAGCGAUUCGAGUCUUCCUUUAACGCAUGUCUAUAGACCUGUUGCGAGAACCGACCGGGUUAUAGCUCCUCCUGUUCAGCCGAUUCAAACGGCGUCGUCGGGUUCCGAACCGCCAAUAUAUCUGAGUCUCUCGUUGCCGGGAUCCGACUCGACUGAGGGAUCUACCAAAAUUUGCUCGAACUAUGUCACUCACCCGACCCAGGUGAUUAAAAUACAGCCACAUAAACCGGCUAUCCAGGUGGCUCCGGCACCUUCUCUUCCACCCCUGCCUGAGAGCAGUCCAAACCUUAGCUUUGUGUCAAAGUUUGUUGCGCCACCGCCACCGUUAUUAACCUCUGAAAAACAGUUCUUUAGCCCUGAAUUCUUGGCUUCUAUGGAAGAGAUGAUAAAGAAAGAAGUGAGGAACUACAUGUCUGGGAUUGAACAGAAUGGGUUGUGUAUGUAG